AUGUUCAUGUUGGGAAACUCGUGUAUCGUGUUGAAGAUUUCUAUUAAAGAUGUAACUUCAGGUCUUGAUCUUACUUUUUUCUUUAGGAGGCAGAAAGAGUUGUCUUUAUCUUUGGAGAGAGAGUCGUCGUUGGAACGUUCUGGGGCUCAGCUAGAGUUAGAUUGGCAGCGCAGAUCUGAUAACGAAGAGAGAACUGGGUAUGAUAAACAAGAAGAACUAGUUAAGAAUUUAACACAAGACAAAGAAGAGGCGUUAUCGUUGGUGAAACAACAGAAACGUGAACUGCUUCACAAGGAUAGUGUUAUCCAUAUUUUGAAGACACAAAGAGAUGAAUCAGUUUCUAUCCUCAAGCUUCAUGGACUAACCGUGCCUUCCGAAAUAUCAGUUCAGACUUCAGUAUCUUUUCUUGUUGAAGUUGAAGAUGUUGGCACACCAGCAGGGAAUACGAAUAAUGAAGAACUUCAAAUUCAGAACGAAAAUUUGCGUCAUGUUACUCAUCAAAUGAGAGAGGACAUGGAGGAUUUGCUGACGAAAAAGUUGACGCAACGUACCACUGGAUCGAUUACUAAUGCAGGAGAUGGCGUACCCAUUACGGAAGAAUAUGUGACAAGUCUGGAAAAAGAAAUUCGAGAAGUGAAGGCGAGAAACCGCGAACUGACCCAAUCCAUGGCUAAUAAAAAUGCUAAAACUGAAAAUACUGAGCCAACUUACGUUUUAGUAGCCAGCUUGUCGAUUUGUCUCACUAUGCUAAUAUUUUAG